CAAUAAAUAACAUGCCAUCAAACGUAAAGGAGAUGAUGAGGAUAUUCAUAAAAGCUCUUUCCUAUUUGUUUUCCUGCCUAUACGUGACGUUAUUAUUAUUCCAAAAAGAACGGAUAAUUUGUCCCUUUCUGUUGUACUUCGGAAUGUGGUAAUAUGGUAACUUUAUUUAUUAAAAGUGGAAGUUAACCUCUGACCCAGAAAUAAAAGACACCGCAGCACCCACGUGGGCCGCUAGAGGGAGACACCGCCAUUUUGAAAAAAAAAGAAAAAAAAUAAAAGCCGGAGGAUGAACUGUGACGUCACGACUGAGAAUGACCCCCACCGCGUCCUCCCCGCUGCGCCGUCUGACGAUAUUUGAAUGGGAGGACGGCCGAAACGUACCGGCGACACUUGUGUCACCCGUUUCUGUCACCUGUGUGUCUGUGACAUCGCGUCCGAGCCACGAGGGAAGCUGUUGUUGAAGACCGGCUGACUCCACUGCUCCCCUGAGGAGAUCCCUGCCCCCCCCCCAUCCACCGCGACUCCCAUCACUGCCUCCGGGCGCCCUGUGGGCAUCGCUGUGCUCGUCAUCAGAAGAAGAAGAAGAAGACCAGCGUCGUCCAGCCGCCGGAGGAGCCAUGUCCACCCGGCCCCCGCGUGGCCGUGCCACUGCGUCCGCCCCCCCCCCACCGCGGCCCCUGCUGACGUUUGUCUUGGCCGCGGCGGCGCUCCUCUGCCCCGCGGGCCGAGUGACGUGUCAGACGCCGGGUCAGACGCAGUCGCCCGCCCAGGUGCUCCAGGACCUGCUGUCCCGCUACGGGGACAAUAGCACCAUCUCGGUGCCCCAGCUGCGCUCCCUGCUGGCCCUUAUCAGCCACGGCCAGGGUGAAGGUGAAGGUGAAGGCGGCAUCGUGUCGGAGACGCCCGCCAUCAACAUGACUCUCAAAUCAAACAGCUCCAAGUGCCUCCCCGCCGCCACGCUGGCCCUCUACAGCAUCAGCGAGCAGUCGCGCCUAGACGGGCAGGGCCUGCGGGAGCUCUGCCCCACCAUGCUGCAGCAGCUGGACGCCGGCACCUGCAGGGCGCACAAAGAGGAGGAGUCGAUCGCCGAGCCCUCCCCCAGGCCCACGGGCGCCGAGGUGUGGGGCUAUGGGAUCCUAUCUGUGACACUGAUCUCUCUGUGCUCGCUGGUCGGGGCGUGCGUGGUGCCCUUCAUGAAGAAAACCUUUUACAAGCGGCUGCUGCUGUACUUCAUAGCGCUGGCCAUCGGCACGCUCUACUCCAACGCCCUGUUUCAGCUCAUCCCAGAGGCCUUUGGAUUUGACCCCAUGGUGGAUUUCUACGUGUCCAAAUCUGCGAUGGUGUUCGCCGGCUUCUACCUCUUCUUCUUCACCGAAAAGGUCCUCCGAGUGCUCCUCAAGCAGAAGAAAGGGAACCACGGGCACAGCCAUUACUCCCCCCCCGACGGGGAGGUGGAGGAGGGCGAGAAGGAGAAGCUGCAGCAGAACGGAGAAGCCAGCAGUCUGGCUCCGGGGAAGGUGGAGGAGGGGGAGGGCGAGCUCAUGCUGAGUCCUGCUCAGGCACCACAGGACUCGCAGAGCCCGGACGGCGGGGGGCGGUCCGCCGGCUGCUAUUGGCUGAAAGGAGCGACCUACGCCGACAUCGGCACGCUGGCCUGGAUGAUCACGCUGAGCGACGGCCUGCACAACUUCAUCGACGGCUUGGCCAUCGGCGCCUCCUUCACCGCCUCCGUCUUCCAGGGCGUCAGCACCUCGGUGGCCAUCCUGUGCGAGGAGUUCCCCCACGAGCUCGGAGACUUUGUGAUCCUGCUGAACGCCGGCAUGAGCAUCCAGCAGGCGCUCUUCUUCAACUUCCUGUCGGCGUGCUGCUGUUACCUGGGCAUGGGCUUCGGCAUCCUGGCCGGCAACAGCUUCUCCCCGAACUGGAUCUUCGCCCUGGCCGGGGGAAUGUUCCUCUACAUCGCGCUGGCUGACAUGUUCCCGGAGAUGAACGAGGUGAGUCGGGAGGAAGAGGACGCCGGCGGCAGCAGCUUCCUGCUCACCUUCGCCAUCCAGAACGCCGGCCUGCUGACGGGCUUCGGCAUCAUGCUGCUCCUCACCAUGUACUCCGGACAGAUACAGCUGGGCUAGCUGCUUGAACCCAGACUUUUUUUUUUCUGCUUGUGUAAACUGGACCCCCCCCCCCCCCCCCCCCCCCCCCUCCCCAAGAGGAGGAAACGCUUCUUGUUUUCCUCUCCUCUCCAUCUUCCUCCCUGCGGCAGGUACGCACACCUUCCCUCUGUCCCAGGAGCCCCGGCGUGGCUCAGCCUGCAGAGACGAGCUCAGGACUUCUGAAGAUGACGUGCCGGACUCGUCACCUGUCACUCAAACCUCUCCUCCGCUCUCCACACUACUGGUCGGCCAUUUUGGUCUGCAGAUCUUCUGGUUUUGUUUUUCCUUUUGUGUCACGUGAGAAGUACUUCCUCCUCCCCCCCGAAGCACAAUCAGGUAACAGAUGGACAGUGGAAUCCUUCUUUCUCCAGACUUUGACCUCCCGCCCUCUUCCUCAUGCUUUCAUUAACGUACCAAAAACCAAUCAUUAGGAAACCCGAACUGGAAUUUUAAAUUAACUUCAAUCUGACAUCCAGCUGGAUUUAACUGUUUUGUGUGUUGAUGUUGUAUAUUGUUUUAUACGGGAUGGACAUGAAAUCUGACUUUUUGAAGGCCAAAUAGGAGCAUUGAGAAGGUGAAGGGCUACACGGAGACUGAUCUCUAAAGAAGGAUCAGAUGCACGUGACGUCCUAUUAGUGAUAUUUGUGGCUUCGUGCCGAUCGGAAGCAGCAAAACGUCGUUGUUCCUCAUGUAGUUUUUACCACCUGUGCCCUUCAUCGACCUUUUGAAUUUCUAGCUGCUUUUUUUUUUUUCCUUGUACUCUUGAGCUUAAAAUUUAAAUGUCUAGUUUCCACAAAACCCUGCAGGUUUUUUUUUUUCCCCCCUAAGAAUCAUCUUUUAUUUUACAGUUCAUAAAAUGUUUGAACCAGAUGAAUCCUACACACAUCUGGCCUGCUGUUCUGUGUUAUAGGGACAGGAAACGUUAUCUGUACUUUAUCUGGAGCACAACGUGGCCAAAAGUAUGUUCUAAUGAGCGAUGUGGUUCUGAAGGUUCUCCUCACAACGCUUCUGUCCACCUGGAGGAUGAAAGAAAUACAGAUUUAGUAUUUUGGUCAUCGGUUAAACUUCUGUGCAAUAUAAAGCAAAAGUUCUGUUUUUUAUCUGCUAGGGUGUAAAGUCAGGAACCUUUUUUGGGGGGGGGGGGCGGGGGGGUGGUGUGUUUCAUGGUGGUCAGACAAAAACAACUAAAGGCUUCCUCAGGUAAAGUGGACCCGUCUCCCGCUCAGGUCGACGCACUUCUAUUCAAAUCAAUUCUACCAAAACGUAAUUAUCCUACAAUCAUAAAUAAUCAAUCAAUACUUGAUGCUGUUAAGUUAAAGCAGAGUGAUUUAUUUAACCGAUGAAAGUUAUUCUUUGAGUGAGGAGACUUAUUGCUCUUUGAUGUUUGAUGACCUCGGGAAGCAUCUGCAUACUUUUGGCCAGUGAAAAGCGACCCGUUGUGACCUUUAGUCAUUUUCUAAACUACAAAGACUGUAACGUGAUGUUUAGGUUGAAACCGACAUUAUCACCAUAGCAACGCUGUGCUGCUGUUGACGCUACAAUGUUCGUCCGUCUUUACUGAUGUCCUACAGCUGGGAUUUCAGUAGAUUCAAUAUUAGAAUUUUUAUAGGUUAUAUUUUAUUAGAAAUAGAAAAGAGGAGCCAUGAUUGGCUGAAGACUUAAAUGUUGUGAUUAUUCCUGGAUGGAGAAGUUCUGAACUUGUACCAUGAGGUACAGUAUUACUGCUGCUUGGAAUUUAUGAUGUUUGGGAGAUUAUGUGUCCUUAGAGCCUUAGAAUCUUUAUGCUUUAACCCUAAAAAGAAUGAUCAGUUGCGGUUUACAUCACAAGCCAUGAAAGCAGACUAAAGUUUGUUUGUUUGUUGUUUACCUUUUGUUUCAGUAUUUUGUUUUGGAGAAGUGGGACUUUUUAUUUGCAUUGAACAUUUUAACUGUACGUUAAAAACAAGACAAAUGACCAAACUUCUGGUCAUAAACUCUAUAUUAAUCUCAAAGGUUUUCAAAACGAUGUUUGACUUUCUGGACAUUUUGAUAAAUUAUUGAUCUUCUUUCAGACUUGAUAAUUAAAGAAAAAAUGUAAUCUAUGGGAAUCCUCAUCAUCUGUGUGUCAUCAAAAGCCUUUUUUAUAAAUAUUCUUUUCCAAGAAAAUCAUGUGUCAAGCGUCAUAAUUGUCUUUAUUUAUUCAACCUAUUUAUGUAACGUGUGACUUUUCUUCCUUCAGUUCUCUCAUGUAGAAAAACUUCAAUCGGUUUCUUCUAAACAGGAAUAAAACACAUUUAGGAUUCUC